AUGACAUUCGGGGCCCUUUCUCCGUUUGAGGUCAUAGAGGCCGUUGCAAAAUCGGGAGUACAGAAAGGAAACAUGCGACUGGACAAGGUUUUCCUCAGCUCCGUCUCUGCUGGAUGUCUGCUUGCCUUUGCCUGUGGAACAGUCCUCAGUACAAAUGCCACCCCUUGGUUCCAGGAAAAUGCCCCGGGACUGAUGCGCACCAUCAGUGCCUUGGUCUUCCCAUAUGGAUUAUGUAUGAUUAUCCUGACAGGUGCCGACUUGUGCACAGGAUCAUUUAUGUUCACUACCGUUGCAGCACUACAGCAACGUUUGCCAUGGUGGAAAAUGCUCGUGCAUUGGACAGUGACCUUCCUUGGCAAUCUAGCAGGUUCUCUUUUUAUUGUGACUAUUAUCUUCGGUUAUGGUGAGGUGUUCUCUGCGGAGCCGUUCAAAUCAGCUGUAAUUACCUUUGCGACCAAAAAGCAACUCACCCCAGACUUUCGCGUCAUAUUUCUACGUGGUAUUGGCUGCAACUGGCUGGUUUGUUUGGGCUGCUUCUUCGGCAUCCAAGGACGCGAUUUGGCAUCCAAGAUUAUUGGGAUCUGGUUUCCUAUCUUCGCGUUCGUUUCGUUGGGAUUUGACCACGUUGUCGCAAAUAUGACAUUUAUCCCUCUUGGGAUCUGGGAAGGGACUCCUGACCUCAGCGUUGGCCUCUAUAUCUGGAAGGGAAUCAUUCCGACCGUUAUUGGAAACAUUCUCGGCGGGGGCCUCUUUUGCGGGACGUACUACUGGUAUAUUUAUCUACUGGAUCUCGAAAACAGUGUUCUAUUCGGGUCACGGGUCUCCGCAACUCCCCAGAGUGGCCUUUCGGCAAAAGAAGGCGAUGUGGAAGCCUCUGCGGCCGGGAGUGAUUGA